AGUUGUCAAACGGUGUCAGUUUUCAUCCUCGAUUCCGCAAAGUGAACGUCCCGGGCCUAAAACGAGUUUUUUUUUUUUUUGCGUAUGCGACUUAAAGAGAAAAGGGCUCCAGGAGCUACUACAGUAGCACCUGCCGUAUGAAGCAAGGAUGGGGCGUUCCUCCAAAGACAAGCGUGACAUCUACUACCGCCUGGCCAAAGAAGAGGGGUGGAGAGCCCGCAGCGCAUUCAAACUUCUGCAGCUGGAUGAAGAGUAUCACCUGUUUCAAGGUGUCUCCCGGGCUGUGGAUCUUUGUGCAGCUCCUGGAAGCUGGAGUCAAGUUUUGAGCCGGAAGCUCAAGGGAGAUGGCGCCAAGAACUCGGAUGUCAAAAUAGUAGCGGUCGAUUUGCAGGCCAUGGCUCCCCUGCCUGGAGUUAUCCAAAUCCAAGGUGACAUCACCAAGGUCUCUACGGCUCAGGAGAUCAUUCGCCAUUUUGAGGGGCAGCCAGCUGACCUGGUGGUGUGUGAUGGAGCCCCUGAUGUGACGGGACUCCAUGACAUUGACGAGUACAUUCAGGCUCAGCUACUGCUCGCUGCCCUGAACAUCACCACGCAUGUACUAAAGAAAGGAGGCACUUUUGUAGCGAAGAUCUUCCGAGGGAAGGAUGUCACCCUUCUCUAUUCCCAGCUGCGCAUUUUCUUCCCCGAUGUGACUUGCGCCAAACCCCGAAGUAGCCGCAACUCCAGCAUUGGCUUCCCCAAUGUGAUUGGAGCAGUCGACUGCACGCAUGUGGCCAUAUGCGCUCCCAGAGAGGAGCCGCAGGUCUACAGGAAUCGGCACCGGUUCUACAGUAUCAACGUCCAGGCAGCCUGUGACCACCAGGGGAUCUUCACGGACCUCGUUGCCAAGUUCCCGGGAAGCGUCCACGACGCACAGAUCUUCACCACCUCCGGCCUGAACAGGCUCCUGUCAUCAUGGCCUGAGGGGAGAGGCUGGCUCCUAGGUGACCGUGGCUAUCCAUUGCUGCCUUACCUCCUGACGCCAUACCCUGCGGAUGAGCCCGCCGACAGAGCCAACUACAACCAGGCCCACCGGCGCACGAGGAUGGUGAUCAAACGUGCUUUCGAAGCGUUUGCCGUUUGCCGAAACUACUGCCCCCCUGAAGGCUACGUACCAAACAUGUCCAACCCCCUGCUGGACCACUGUUACGAUGUCGAUUUUAACCAGCUGGAAGGCCCCAACCGGGUCAUCGUUCCCUUCCUGGCUUGCGGAGAUCUGAGUGCAUACGAUUCGGACCGGACGUACCCCCUCCAGCUGGAUCCUGAGAAACAAUACUCCUACGUACCUCCCACGCAGCCUCCCAUCCACCCCCCUUACGAAGAAGCCUGCUUCUUAAAGAAACAUAAUCUUCUCAGCAAGGAGCCAACACCCCAGCCUCAGCAGCCAGCUGCUCCUGGCGAUCCUCCACAGCAACAAGAGGACGGGGCUUUGCUUCCCCCUUGCGAAGACGAACUUGUCAAUGCUUUGGAGGAGCUGUCCGCCGGACCGGGUGGGAGAGGCUGAGGCCUGGCCACGUGCGCACAUUGCCCCCUGCUGGUGCAAAAAAACUUUAAUUCAAUGGGGAGGGCGUUUGCUUAGAGGAUUUCUUAUUUUAACAUUUUUCAAGGCUUUGAAAGUCCCUAGAAUAGUGUCGAUUUUAAUAAAG